GUUGCCCAGUCUCCCCACUGUAGCCUCUCGGAUGUGUGUGUGACAGACAGGUGGGUGAAUGAAUGACAGCUUUCUGAGGAGAGAAGUAUCGAACAAAAAAUGCCCAGAUUUGCAGCAGAGGAGCUGAUGAGUAAACACUUGGCGACUAGAAUAACAGCCAGUGAUAGGGCCAGGGAGUUUCCAGCUGAACUGUACGAGGAUGGAGCAGUACUUUCCUAAGUCUGUCAGCAUUCAAUCGACGACAUAUUGUGUCAUACUGCGGUGGAGCACCUAAGGUCACUCCGACACAAAAUAGGAGGGCUAGUGGACCAGUCCAAACAAGAACACAGACCCUGGCCUCCUGUCUGGCAAAGACCCCCUCCACAGCUGAGAAAAAUUAGUUAAUCUUGGACUUCACAAGAAUAUUAAUCAAAGUAGAUAUACCUCUUGAGAAGGGGCUCAAAUUCUUCACAUUUCUUAAGAAACUUUGCAAGCAGGGAGGGUCUGUCCCAGCACCAUCCCAUCUGCGUACAGAGUACCUGCCACAGCUCUAUCCACAAUAUGAGCAGGACAUCAAAGAUGAUGUAGAGGGAAAGGACAUUUAUGUCAUCCUUGAUGAGAUCAAUACCUUUGGAAAAUGUGCACUCGCUAUCCUACUCCAGCCAGUGGGUAUACGACCUGUUGUAGCAGACCGGGCUUUCUCGGAUAAUGUCCACUUUACCACCGUGUCCCAAGCUGUCAUUUCCUGCCUCAACAACACUGGGGUUGACUUAAACAAUGUGUGGGCUUUUGUAAGUGACUCAGCUAGCUACAUGAAAAAGGCUUUCACCCGCAUCUUGAAGGGCCUCUUCCCCAACUACGGACACAUCACCUGCUUUGCCCAUCUCCUGAGCCUGGUGCUGGAGGUUUUUCCAGAGGUGUUUGAGGACGUGAACAGGUUGUGUGCUCUGGUGAAUAAGGUGUUCUGUCAGGCGCCCCAGCGUCGUCUGGAGCUGUAAUCAUUCAUGCUGGAAAUUGGCCAUUCUCCUGUGAUGCCUGGGCAUGCUGUGCAGACCAGGUGGGGCUCCUGGAUACGUGCUGUGGAGUACCUGGCAGAGUACAUGGAUGUGCUCACCGACUUCACUACGACCUUACCAGAAACGGCAAAGUGUGUCCAGGACCUUUGUGAGCUGCUGAGGGAACACAAGGCCCAGCUGAAGGCCCAGACAGUGCUCAUUGUGGAGCAUAGUGUGGAGAUAGUGGCUAACCUGACAAAGCUGGAGGAGACCUCUGUGCCAACAGCCCACAACAUCGCCAGCAAGCUGGAGGACCUGCAAAUGCAGUCUGAGUAUAGCAGAACAGCUGGGGCUGAGGACUGGCUCCCUCAUACAACAGAGCUGCUGGGGCAGUUUCCAGAGAUGUUCCAUUCUGCCAUGGCAUCAUGCUCAAUCAAGCUGCAGACUGUGCUGGAGAAACACACCUGCCUUCAACUGUUCACGUCACUAACUGUUCUAGAUUCAGCCCAGUUGGUAGGCGCAAGAAAGGACAUUAAGGACUAUGUCCAUGCCAUCCCUGCUCUGAGCCAGGUGUCUGCAGAGGAGUGGCACAGAUAUGUGGGCAUUAACAAGGCAGACGCUAUGGAACUGAGUGCCGUGAACUGGUGGGACGCUAGGCAGGACAGGAUGCCAGUCUUAGCUCAUAUUGUGGUGAUACAUCUGUUCCUCCCAACUACCUCUGUGGAUGUUGAGAGACUUUUCACACGUUAUCAGAUGCUACUUAGUCAGCGUAGAAAGAGCCUCACAGAGAACAUUUUUUAAAUGUUGUUGAUUGCAAAGUAUAAUAGCAUUAAGCACUAAAAAGUCAGUCACACACACACCCACCAACUCUACCACUCUUUCAGUGUUAUGGUUUGAAGUAAUUUCAUAAUAGUUCAUUAAUAGUUAUAUGGGGAAUGGAAUGAAGAGACAGAAUUGUCAAUCCAAUCUAUUUGGUGUAUAUGUAUUUAUAGAUAGAUUCAUCAAUGUAUUAUUUGUAUUCGUAUGCCUUUGCACUUUGUUGAUGACGCUCAACUGUUUUAUCUGUCAUGUUUUUCAAUAGGGAAACACUUACGAUAACAGGAUCAUAUAAAGGUUGAGGUCUGUGUAGAGGUUAUAUUUGACUGAGAUUUAGUAGAAGAAUAACCAUAGGUUCAUUGUCAUCUAAUACACAGAAUUAAGCAUUUAUUUACAUAAAACCAUGUUCCCAAUGUUAUUAAAUCAUGUUCCUACACUAGAGGCAAAAAAAAAAGGCUUUCCGCA